AGGUAUCAACCAUCCAGAUACAAUAAGAACAAAACAUAAUAUCGCAAUCUGUUUGGACAAUAUGGGAAAAUAUAACGAAGCUUUAGAAAUUUAUUAUUCUGUUGAGAAAAUACAAACUGAAAUUUUAGGUAUCAACCAUCCAGAUACAAUAAGAACAAAACAUAGUAUCGCAAUCUGUUUGAAAAAAAUGGGAAAAUAUAACGAAGCUUUAGAAAUUUAUUAUUCUGUUGAGAAAAUACAAACUGAAAUUUUAGGUAUCAACCAUCCAGAUACAAUAAGAACAAAACAUAAUAUCGCAAACUGUUUGGACGAUAUGGGAAAAUAUAACGAAGCUUUAGAAAUUUAUUAUUCUGUUGAGAAAAUACAAACUGAAAUUUUAGGUAUCAACCAUCCAGAUACAAUAGCAACAAAACAUAGUAUCGCAAUCUGUUUGAAAAAAAUGGGAAAAUAUAACGAAGCUUUAGAAAUUUAUUAUUCUGUUGAGAAAAAACGAACUGAAAUUUUAGGUAUCAACCAUCCAGAUACAAUAAGAACAAAACAUAAUAUCGCAAACUGUUUGUACGUUAUGGGAAAAUAUAACGAAGCUUUAGAAAUUUAUUAUUCUGUUGAGAAAAUACAAACUGAAAUUUUAGGUAUCAACCAUCCAGAUACAUUAAGAACAAAACAUAAUAUCGCAUACUGUUUAAUAAAGCGGAAAAUAUAGUGUUGAAAAUUGAAAAUUAGUUAAAUAUUAUUUUACAUAUAUAUGUAUAAGUUUUAUUAUUUUGUUGAUAAAGUAAAAGUAAGAUAUUCCUUUAAUAGUGAGAAAGCGCCGCAAAGUAUUUUUUUAA